AUGCUUCAACUUACAUGCUCGUCUCUGCAAGAUUUAACUUUUCAGUUUGAUGGUGAUUGUGUUCAUAUGACAGAAGAUAUUAAUGAGCAUACAAUUAAAUGUUUCAGUUUAGAAAAGAUAACUGAUAAUUGGCAAGUUGUUCUAUAUACACGAGCAUCUUACAAUUAUAACGUGUACUACAUCGAGGGUGAAAACACAUAUAACUUAACGCACCAAUACAGUAAUCAACAAACUUACGGUUUUUCUAAGUCCAAGGGAAUCAUUGCAAUCGAGAAUUCAUAUCGAACACAACAAUUUACUGUCUCAUUAUUUGGCUUUAAUGUCAAUGAUGAUGAGAAAAUUGCAACAAUUGUUUCACUUAUAGAAAAAGACUCCUUCAUAGUUCAAACAAGCCACUCAUCGGAUUUACAAAACAAUUACAAUCAUUACAAUUACCUUUCUAUUGUUGAUAAAGGUGAUAUUGUUAUAAAUUCGUUAGAUUUAGAUUCCGUGACACCAUCUUUUAAUAAAUAUGGUCAGACCUUUGACAAACAACCAUUUUCUAUGCAAUUUGGAAAGAUAUAUUAA